AUGAAACUUCUCAUCGUAUUCUGCUUCAUAUUGGCUCUAGCCCUGGCUCAAGGGGAAGAUAAGAAGAAAAAGUCCCGUCCGCCACUCACCUGUGCGAAUGUUCGCUGUGCCGAGGGCCCCUGUAUCGAGACGCCAACUGGGCCAAAAUGCACGACAAUGAGCACGACAGAGCGUCCAAAUGAAAAUGAAUGUGGUGAGAACGAGCACUGGGUUGGGCCGUGUGCUUCUCGCUGUGAGGGAACUUGCGAUAAACCCGUCCCCACUAUCUGCACAAAAGAAUGCUUCCAAGGCUGCAAAUCAUGCAUUUCAAAUGGAAUCAAUGAAGUGGAAGUGCUUUCUUCACAAAGUCCAUCCACGAACCACGUGAAACAGCUUUUACCUCAUCAAUCUCAUCCACACCGUGAGCUGUUCCCUCGAAUCGCUAGCUGGAAGCUAACCGCUGAAGACCAAAGACAUUUGUUUGGACCCGCGUGUUUAAGCGCCGUUUUUCGGACAUCGUUUUGGCAAGACCAUGCCGAGUGGCUUCACCUAGUCGAGGUGACCAACUGGAUUCAAUUGUGUGCCAUCCGAGAGGCGUUCGAUCUCGCCGAACAGGCACCCAAUCCGUUGGGACUCGUCGUCGAGCGGCCGAUUCACCCGAGUGGGUCCCCACAAUUCGCCUCGAACAAAAGUGCCAAGUAUUUUCAACUGACGAUCUUCUCGAUGAGUAGAGAUCUAUCGGGAUACCGAAAUCCUCACUGGGAGGUUCCGUUGGAGCACGAUCGUCGCUACAUGGCCGCCAGAUACCUACGUCGAAAAUUCCCGGAAAUCGGAGCCACUUUUCGGGCAAAGUUGCGAAAAAUCAAUACAAGAGUUGCCGUCAACUCUACCAUAAUUGAUCAUGCCGUCGACGAGGCGCACGACGUGUCCAACGAAUUAUUUUCAGCCCUUCAGAGGGCCCACAAGAUGUUACGUCCGACGACUGAGAGUCAAAACAGCGUCAGCAACUACGAUAAUCCGGAAUAUCUGGCACAGCUCGAGCGACUUCGCUUUGCUGUUCCCACAUGCAACCAUCGUUCCGGACAGUCAGAACAGUCAGAACAGUGGCAGUUUGCGAAACAUCACUUUGUCAAGACGGACGAGGUGCGUCCAUUUGACGGUGAAUCGGAGAAACUACGCAAAGAGGUUUACGACGAGAUCGCCCAAGCAAAUUUCACCUCCGACGAUUUGGUGCAACUCUACGGACCCGAGUCAUCUCGCAAUUGCGAGGUGACCACCUAUAAGCACUUAAGAGAGCAGGACUUUUUGUUGGAAGUCGCGCGAUCUGUUUGCCUUCAAGAGGUGCGUGAAGCUUUCGGCUUUCGACCACAACUCGCCAAUCCGUAUGCCCUGGUCGCCGAGGAACUGACUAAGCCGACCACUCAACUCCACCCGAAUGCACUCAAAUACUUUCAGUUGCAAGUGUUGCGACUUACGCCCAUAGCUUUGGAUCCACAGUACUCGUGGGACGACCAGCGAAUCCGUGCAGCUCAAUACCUUCUCACGCGAUUCCCCGUCAUAGGUCGCCUCUUUGCGUCGAGAUGGCAUGAGAUCGAUCGUUUGCCACUGUCGCUUUGUCCGUCUAACAUUGACAAGGCUUUCGACGCGACUCUCAAGCUCCUCGGCCAUCUCUACCAGGCGCUCAUCAAAGCCUAUGUGAAAUCGCAGGGUGACGGCUAUCCCGGAUCACAUUUCAAUCACGAACACGUCGCCAUUUGGUUCUUGCAGCUCAAAAAUGAUGGCGCU